CGCCGACCGAGGGGGCGGGGCACUGCUUUUCUCUCGGCUCGCUUCCUUUUUUGUUUUCUCUCCGCGGAAGGUUGUCGCUGUUGAGCGGACUCGGGAGGGCGACUACUCGCUGACGCCGCUUGUGUCAGUCGUGGCUGGAGGGGAACUUGACCGCGGCGGCCCCCGGGUGUGGCUUCAAACGUGACAAAUCUCCACCGCGUUGAAAGAAUGCGUGACGUCGCAAAGACAGUAGGACAAAGACUUCUCUAAAAUUACAACAACAAGAAAAAGAACGUCCAUUGUGAGCGCGCGUGCCGACUCUUUUCAUUAACCUGACUCGCGUUUUUUUUUUUUUUUGUACAGCUGGAAUACUCCCCCCCCCUCCCUUUUUUUAAGGGAACUUCCGGAGACGUUUUUUCGUGAGUUUAUUAUGCUUUAAAGGAAGUGCGGAAUUUGUUCAAACUUAACAAAAGUAGCUUGCCUGCAUUUAAAAAGUUCAUCAGGGCUGCUCCUUCCAAAGAGAGAGACUCAUGCUGCUUUUGUGACCAAGCAAGUGGCUCGAUUUGACUGCAAAAAGGGGUUCGGUGGACCGUCCCUCACCCCCCCCCCCCAAAGAAAAAAGAAAAAGGAAGUCGCUUUACUCAAGUUUAGAUUACUUUUCCCAAAACGACGGCAUCGAGCCUCGUAUUUCCUCCCAGGUGAUUUUGACCACAAAAGCAGCAGUCCUGAAGCGAGCACUCGGAACCAUGGGCUGCACCGUGAGCCAGGAGGAUAAAGCCGCGGCCGAGAGGUCCAAAAUGAUUGAUAAGAACCUGCGGGAAGAUGGAGAGAAGGCGGCCAGAGAAGUGAAACUGCUGCUACUGGGUGCUGGGGAGUCUGGAAAGAGCACCAUUGUAAAGCAGAUGAAGAUUAUCCACGAAGAUGGCUACUCAGAAGACGAAUGCAAGCAGUACAGGGCAGUUGUGUACAGCAACACCAUCCAGUCAAUCAUGGCCAUCAUCAAAGCCAUGUCCAACCUCAAGAUCGACUACGAGGAGGCUGCAAGGGCGGACGAUGCCCGGCAACUCUUUUCCCUGUCUGCUGCUGCGGAGGAGCAGGGCAUCUUGCCGGACGACUUGUCAAAUGUCAUCCAGCGACUGUGGGCCGACGGCGGUGUCCAGAGCUGCUUCACACGGGCCCGAGAGUAUCAGCUCAAUGACUCUGCUUCCUACUAUUUGAACGAUUUGGAGAGGAUAGCCAAGCCUGAUUAUAUCCCCACACAGCAAGAUGUGCUGCGAACCCGGGUCAAGACCACAGGCAUUGUGGAAACACACUUCACCUUUAAAGACCUCCACUUCAAGAUGUUUGAUGUAGGAGGCCAGCGCUCAGAGAGGAAGAAGUGGAUCCACUGUUUUGAGGGGGUCACAGCCAUCAUCUUCUGUGUGGCCAUGAGUGCCUACGACCUGGUCCUGGCUGAGGAUGAGGAGAUGAAUCGCAUGCACGAGAGCAUGAAGCUGUUUGACUCCAUCUGCAACAACAAGUGGUUCACAGAGACGUCGAUCAUCCUCUUCCUCAACAAGAAGGACCUGUUUCAGGAGAAGAUCACCCAGAGCCCGCUGACCAUCUGCUUCCCUGAGUACACCGGACCCAACAAGUACGAAGAGGCGCAGGCGUACAUCCAGACUAAAUUCGAGGACCUGAACAAGAAGAAGGACACCAAGGAGAUCUACCCCCACUUCACGUGCGCCACCGACACCAAGAACGUGCAGUUUGUGUUCGACGCAGUCACCGACGUCAUCAUCAAGAACAACCUGAAGGACUGCGGCCUCUUCUGAGAACAGGGAAGCGCCCGUGGAACUAAACACACAUCCUGAACGACUGCACUAGCCAGCCACCACCAUCUCGAUUUCACCUGCAAGAGACUGCCAAGCCCAGCAGCCUUGCAAGCGCGUCCACUUGUUAACUCUCUUUGGGCUACGACCACAAAAUUAGCAUUUAUUCUUGUUUAUCUUCUAUUUUUCUUCCAACUUUUUCUUUUUUGUAUGUAAUUGCUUUCAUUUUACUUUUAGAGUCCCAUUAUUCAAUUUUUAAAACGGCAAGGUUAUUUUUAAAGAGAUGAAGCACACGCAUGGAGUCCAGAGAUGAUUUAUAUCGGAUUAUUUUGUUUUCGUAAUGUUUACAUAGGUUCAUCGUCAUCAUUCGUACCUUGUAUUCUGCAUGACUCGACAUGACGCUAUUAACUCUUAUUAGUAUUCUGCACAAAUGAUCUAACAUUCCUACAGAAUAAAAAGUAUUAAUAAAAUUAAUGAAAGGCAGACUAGACUGCAAGGUUCUAACUGAUAUUUAACCUUGUGUAGCUAAAUAACUUUGUCACUCUUUAUACUGUAGUAGCCGCUCCAUCGUGUGUGCCAUGAAUUCUGUUUACAACUUUUUCCCCCUCCCCCAUUCUGCCUUCCAUAUAUAAAAAUAUAGUGAGUAUUAAUGACACAUCUAACUCCGGGAAACAAAGUUGUUGUUUUUUUUCUUUUGGUAAAUAUUCAAAGUGCUUUAAAGUCACUGAUUUAAUUUAAAUAAAAGUAGAGUUCACUUGA